GUUUUGAAGAGUUGUAAUAGUAAAACUCUUGCCGGGAUUAAAUUAUUGAUAUAAAGGAAAAGCAUGUCUCCGUCAAAAAGUAAAAAGGAGGAGUUGGCUACUAUUAGGCCACAAGUUCCGAUUUUAUUUUUCCUCGAGAAUCUUACGAAUUUAGGGUUAAGGAUUACAAUCUUUGUCUUCUUUCCUUUUCAGUCUACUAAUUAUAAUUUCGUGUUUCUUCAGCCAUAUAAAUCGAAUAAGAGGCUUGUGAUAUCUCUAAGUCCUCUUCCCCACUGUGGUACAUCAAGCAACAAUGGCUCCACCUGCAGGACCUGCGAGAGGAGAUUGGCAGAACCCGAUCAGUUCAACUACUGCUCCAUUUCUUGCAAGGUGACUGCGUUGUCUGAGAAGAAGGCGUGUGAUUCUUCUCCUCCCUUUCCUCAAAAUUCAAGCCUGGAGGAUGUACAGCGAAAGAAAGACUCGAGGCCGGAGACUUGCAAGCGCAAGAGAAAAGGAACGCCUCGUAGGGCUCCCUUCUUCUAGGGCCGACCUCGGCUAAGUUGGAGAGAGGUGUAACAAUUUACCUACAACAAGGCCGACGAACUGACGCCAUGUUUCUAGAUAUCUUGUAAUUUUGUAAUGUUGUGAAAACAAUUAUUAUGGAGUCUAUAAACCUUCAUCUAGAUGUUGAAAGAGACUAUAUUCUACAUAUAUAUUUGUGAUUUUUGUUCGUUU